UAGUUUUUGAAACAUGCUGACCAAAAUGGUUGGAAUCUGGUUAACUAAAACUGAUCAUUCUCCUAGUGAAAAAAAUAAAAAAUAACAUGCAUAUAUAGGCUAGGUGAUUCAGUGACAACAGAGGAUUCCUCAUAUUUUCCCAAGUAUGAAAAUGUAAAAUAAUGAGGAAACAACCCAAUCCCAAAGGGCAUGUGUCUAUCAACACAAAGUGUUAGGAAGAUUCCUAUCGCUGCCUUCCUAGGAAGAGCUUCAUCAACUCAGCAUCGAAUCUCCUACCCUAAUGCUAAUGGAACUUCUCAGCAUCUUUUACCCUUUCAGUCCCAUUCAUGCAAUUCCAAUCACAAACACUUCUUACCCAUCAAACCCUUUUCCACUGCUUUCCACUUGUUCGACAAAAUGUUGCACAGAGAACAAACCCUUGAAAAUACUCGCUUUUGUGAUGUUCUUGAUCUCGUUAAAUUAUCCGCCAUGAAACCCAACAUUAUGACUGUGAAAACAGUUCAUUCCUUAGUUCUCAGGAUUGGUGUUCUUUCUCACUUAGCCACUUCGACCUCUCUCCUUAUUACCUACUCAAGAGCCGGAGAUUUUGGCUCUUCAGUGUCACUGUUUGGUGAAAUUCUUUAUAAAGAUGUCAUAUUUUGGAAUGCCAUGAUGACUGCGUGCGUUGAGAACCGGUGUUUUGGAGCUGCCCUGGAUUUUUUUGUGGAGAUGAUGGAGGGGAGAAGUGGGUUUGAUUCUGGAACUCUAGUAAUUGCCAUUUCGGCCUUACCCAAUACGAACAGAUUGAUACAAGGCCGGGUUUUGCAUAGUUUAAGUGUGAAGGCGGGGAUGCUUUUGGAUUCAUUUUUGUGUAAUGCCCUCGUAGACAUGUAUGCAAAAUGUGGUGACUUGAGGUCCUCGGAGCAUAUGUUUGAAGGAAUGCAUUGUAGGGACCUUGUUUCUUGGAAUUCAGUGAUACGUGGUUGUCUUUAUAAUAAGAGUCCUGAGAAGUCUCUUCUAUACUUCAAGAACAUGGCCUUUUGUGGAAAACAAGCUGAUGAUGUGAGUCUCUCGUGUGCAAUUGCAGCCUCUACUUGUUUGGGAGAAUUGGGUAUUGGUCAGGUCAUCCAUGGAUUGGGGAUUAAAUUGGGUUAUGAGGAGGGCUCUCAUAUUUCGUUUGCAAAUUCUCUCAUUUCAUUGUAUUCUCAGUGUGGGGACAUUGAGGCUGCAGAGACUGUUUUCAGAGGAAUGGUUCAUAAGGAUGUGAUUUCAUGGAAUUCAAUGAUUAAUGGAUUUGCCUCAAACGGAAUGAUUUUUGAAACAUUUGAUGUUCUGCAUGAAAUGCAAUUAGCGGGGUCAAUCCAACCCGACACAGUGACAGUAGUUACUCUACUUCCUCUUUGUGCCGAAUUAAUUCUAUUGAGAGAAGGAAGAUCUGUUCAUGGAUUCGCAGUUCGAAGAAGUAUGGAUUCUGAUUUGUUAGUGGUGAACAGUCUAAUGGAUAUGUACCUGAAAUGCAAUAAGGUUAACGCAGCUGAGAACUUGUUCAAUGUCAUGCCAGAUAGGGAUUUGGUCUCGUGGAAUACAGUUAUCUCUGGGUAUUCCCAAAAUGGGCUCUCCAGAGAAGCUCAAACUCUAUUUAAGGAAUUGCUUAGCUGGUGUUCACAUUGGAGUUUAUCAACUCUUUUGGCAAUUCUUCCUUCUUGUGGCUCCCCUGAAUCAUUCAAGUUUGGCAAAUCGAUCCACUGUUGGCAUUUAAAAUUGGGAUUUUCAAACAAUAUGCUUGCAAUUAAUUCCGUGAUGUUCAUGUAUAUAAAUUGCGGAGACUUGAAAGCUUCUUUGUCAUUGUUGUCAAGAAUUUCUGCUGUGGAAGAUACUGCUUGUUGGAAUGCUGUAAUUACAGGUUGCACACAGAAUGGCCAUUUCUGGAAAGCCUUCGAAACUUUCAACUUAAUGAGGAAAUCCCACGUCGGUCAUGACACCAUUACCCUUGUUAAUGUUAUAUCAACCUGUGGAAAUCUUGAAUUAGCAGUCGAAGGAAAAUUACUUCAUGGGCUUUCUUGUAAAACAUUGGAAGGUACAGAUAUCCGUGUGCAGAACGCACUGAUUACCAUGUAUGGCAGAUUGGGGGAGAUUGAGAGUGCAAAAUCGGUGUUUGGAUUGAGUUCCAAUCACAAUUUAUGUUCUUGGAAUUGCAUGAUCUCUGCUUUUUCUCAGAACAAGGAUGGUAAAAGAGCAUUAGAAAUGUUUUGCAUUCUUGAUUUUGAACCUAAUGAAAUAACCAUUUCCAGUGUUCUCUCAGCCUGUACCCAACUCGGAUUGCUAAGGUAUGGGAAGCAGGUCCAUGCUUACGCUUUCAGGUUUGGAUUCCAAAGAAACUCUUUUAUUUCCGCUGCUCUUGUGGACAUGUACAGCAACUGUGGCAGAUUACUCAUCGCUUUUCAAAUAUUUCAAAAUUUGCCUGAGAAAUCUGUUGCUGCUUGGAAUUCUAUGAUAUCGGCUUUUGGGUUCCACAAUAAUGGUGAAAAAGCAAUUGAAGUAUUCAAUCAAAUGAUCGAGUCUGGAACUAGUCCAACUAAGAGCACUUUCAUAAACCUUUUAUCCACUUGCAGCCAUUUAGGGCUUGUCGAUGAAGGUCAGUGGUAUUAUCACCAUAUGUUGGAUGAAUUUGGAGUAGAACCCAUAACUGAGCAUCACAUAUGCAUGGUUGACAUGCUUGGUCGGUCUGGAAGGCUGGAUGAGGCUUAUGAAUUUAUCAAGAAAAUGUCAAUCCGACCUGAACCGGGUGUAUGGGGGGCCCUAUUGAGUGCUUGUAACUACCAUGGAGAUCUUGAGAUCGGUAGAGAAGUUGCAGAAAUUCUCUUCAGAUUGGAACCUUAUAAUGUUGUUGGAUAUUAUGUAUCAUUGUUUAAUAUGUAUGUCGCUGCUGGAAGAUGGAGUGAUGCUGCAGAAUUGAGAAGAAUAAUUCAAGACAAAAGACUAAAGAAACCAGCAGGUUACAGUCUUAUUGAUGUUGGCUGUGGUUGAGAGAUAUUGAGUACCUCAGACAACUGCUGUUCCUCUAUUUUUGGCUUUGUUUAUUGUAAAUUGGUUGGUAAAACACCCUGUACAUAUAGAAAUGAUUCAUGUAUUUUUUGUUCUAAUUCCCUGCCUAUUUUCAAUUUUACAUGCAGAAACAAGAGUUGGUGAC